AUGAUGAGGGCUGACAAGUCUCUGCCAUAUGAGCAUCAUGAAAGCGUGCGUGACAUGCAGGAUGCGAUUAUAGAGGUGGUUAGGAGGCAACUGAUUGACGACAUUCGCCAAAGUGGGGUAUUCUCUGUCAUGUGUGACGAAUCGACAGAUGUCUCAACGGAAAAGACAUUUAUAUUUUACGUGAGAACUCCGCGGGCAGACGCUAAGUUUUUGGAAGUCACGGAGCUUAACGGAGACGAAUGCACGGCAACAAACUUGUGCGCGACCAUAAUCCGCGUUCUCGAAAUGAGGAACUUAAGUGUGGACAAUAUCGCAUGCAUAACGACGGACGGUGCAAGUGUUAUGACUGGUGUUCGCGGUGGAGUUACCACACUAAUGAAGGAACGCAACGGACUUAUGCUCAGCGUUCACUGCAUAGCGCACCGAUUGGCACUGGCUAGCGGACAGGCAGCCAAUAGUAAUAAAUACCUGCAGCAGUAUCAGGCAAUGAUAAACACGGUAUAUAAAUACUACCACUACUCGCCAAAACACCAGGCUAAAAUGAACAAAAUCCAACAGGUGUACGAAAUGGCGGAGAGAAAGUUUAAGCAGACUUUCCCAACGCGUUGGUUGUCGUUUGAAGGUGCCGUCGAGGCCAUCAUUGAAAACUAUGCGGCGUUAGUAGCUUGCAUGGAAAUGGACGUUGCCGAGUGCGGGGAUCCUGUCGCUAGUGGAAUUCUUCGAUUCAUAUCGGAUUACCGGUUCCUUUACUCAACACAUGCUAUGAUGGACGUCAUUACGGAGCUCGGUAUCCUGAGCCGAAAUUUUCAGCGUAGGGAUUUGACGGUGUCAGAGCAAAGCAGUCAACUCAGUGCAGCGAUCUGUGCACUGAAAGCAAUGCGGACAUCGCCAGGACCCUCACUUUCAUAG